GAAAGCUCGGUUUCAGUAGAGCACGCGACGGGGGUGCGAGAAGAAGACGUCAUGGCUUACUUUGACGUCCGAAUCUUCGCGAUCUACUUUGCGGCCGCCACCUUUUGCGGUCUCACCGAAUCCAGAGCGGUUAAUAUCACCAACACGUGGAUGCUGCCCGAGGAGGGAUUUCCAGUUUUCUAUCGCUAUUUUCGGGACCGCAUUUCGUGGUACGAGGCGGACGCUGUGUGCCAAUUCCACCAUGCCAAUCUCGUUACCGCUGACACUUCCUCCCAGUACGACGCAAUCAGGGCGUACCUAAAGGAAUUGGAUAUCAGGGAUAAGGUGUGGAUUGGGCUGUCCAUGACUCGAGAAAAGCCUAACUUUACGUGGAGCGACUAUCGACCACUGACGGGAGAAGGACACUGGCAAGAGGCUCUGCCCGCCGGAGGACAAGGAGACUCCCUUUGCGCCAUCAUGGACCCGGCGGCGGACUUUCUGUGGCGACCUUUGCCCUGCGGGGGGCCCGAGAUAGCGGCCUUUAUCUGCGAAUUGGAGAUUCCUACGUGGGCGGUGGGACCCAAGGGAUGUUUACUCACCGAACUACCAUCGCUGACUGCGCUCUACAUCCCCGAACAAACCGCAGUAGAAUUAACGUCCGACUGCGGCCUGGACGGCACCAAAAGAAUCGCCUGCAAAGGGAACGCGGACCGCGAGGAACUUCUAAAGCAACUGGCGUGCGUGAUUCCGAACGAGGACUUCGAGGAUAAAUCGACGAGGUCGUCGGCACCAUCGUCGAGCGUCGCAGAUGAUUACGAGACCACUACCGUCGUCGACGGGAAUUCAUUAAACGACAAAACGACGAAAAGUUGGAUUUGGACGUCCAACACCGUCGACGUUGAUUACGGAAUGCCGACGAGGCACAGGCGAGAGACCGAGGACACUUUGAGCCCCGUUUCGACGAGGAGUUCCUUUAAUCAGGCGCCUACCACGACUGACCUAUCGUGGAAACUGUCCAGGCACCAGGAAGCCGUCCUCACGACCCCGCAAAGCGGCCCCGAGCUACGCAAGGCGGCGGCGAGCCCAACCGCCGCCCCCAAUUAUUCGGACCCCGUGAGUCCGGGCGUAUCCGUCGGGAUUUCGACGAUCCAGAAGGGGAUUUCCUCCGAUAAAUCUACCGCCGCGGAAUCAACUGUCACGUCCACAACAGAUAAAGGGUACGACGUGGAGGCGGCGGCGACGACAGAAAGGACCACCGACUCCAGUACGGGGGCUCCCAAGGAUACUGGUCCGCCAAGGCAGAUGCGCACCACCCAGGUCAGCAACACUGAAGAAUACCCUAGCGCCAUCAAUCAGGGUCAGUUGUUCGGCAUCAUCGAAAACGGCACCAUGUUCGACAUUAUAGAACUCAACGAUACCGCCGAGGACGGCCGAGUAGAGCCGAAAUCGACCGAGGAACCGCAAACUGGAACGACCCCUACGCCGUCGGAAAUUCACCCCGCGAAGAAGUACGACACCAAGGACCCACCGCCUACCAAGAAACCGGUCGGUAAGGAACCGUCGAAAAAACCAAAUUCCCCCAAAUCCAAGACACGCAAGGAGCCGGAAACUGACCUGAACAAAGAGUACGAGCUGUUGCCCGAGAUCAAAGACACCUCGACGACCUUGAACCGUACCUACAGGAAGGAGGUGCCCCUUUUGGAGGGCGAGAGCUUUCGCACCCCCAAAAUUAUCAAUUUCUCGGUCAACAACAACAUCAACGGCGAGCUGGAGGACAAUCUCGAGAUCAGUUUCCGGGAGGAGAACAAGAACACCAACAUUACGGAGACGAUCAUACUGUCGGCGUUGAAGAGCGAGGACGGGGAGAGUUUCGAGCCGAACAUCGCGUCCAUUUUGGAGAACAUCGAGUCGGGAUCCCGGGAACCGCCGAUGAUCGACCCGAAAAUCGACGAACUCAACCGGAACGCGCCGAAGAAUAACGACAGCGAGCCGUACGUAGGUGCCGAUCAAACGUUAGACGAAGAAAAGAGGCACUUCCUGCCCAAGUCUUUACUGCCGGACGCCUCCACCCUAAGCCCCGAUGACGACAACUCCACCGUUUACAACGACUUCACGUCGGAGGAGGAGAAGAGACCCAAUCGGAAGCGUCAGCUUCAGCGCAACAACAAGCAACGCAAGUCGUUCUACCCUUACUUUUUCAGCAGGAUGUUGGGUUAGGUGGCGGCAGAUGGCGCUGAUCGGUCGCCUGGCGGGGGCGGAGGGCGCGAUAACUAUGUCAAUGAAACGCAAAAAAUGUUAAUUACUUCGUUAGGACUCGCGGUCAAAAAUCGAUGUUCUCAUUGGUUAGCUGUGUGAUACUUGUUUUAUUGUUCCCGCGGAGAGGCAGGCACCGUUGUCGAAUCGGUGGGUUUAAUGAAAAAUAAAAAUAACCUAAAAAUCGAUUCAACGAAGGAAACUUCAUGUUUCUCCUCUGCACCGCGGACGGACGCAAUAUUAGGAAAUUAGACACGCGCGUGGAGCUAUCAAAAUUCGAUUUUUAUCAAACCAAGACGAAAUUCUCGUUGACGCAAAUUGCUUUGUAUUUAUUGUUACCGGUCAUAGUUAAAAUUAUUAACGAAUUGUUGGUGUAGUUUUUUAAACGCUAGGACAACCUCGAAAGAUUGCUUAAAUUGUUAGGUAGAAUGUCGCACAUACAAUUUUGAUUUUUUAACGUCGGUUUAAUACUCAAAAAUGCUUUAUUACCAUCAACGUAGUGUCGUAGCGGUAGGUGAUUGUUAGGAAAACUUCCGUUCGCGUUCCUUUGUAGGUGCAUUCGUUUCUAGCGUUCCUAAUAAAACGAUUUAUUAAAAAAAAUAUCAAGAAAAUGAUAUAUUAGCGUGUUAAGUAUUAUUGUUGUUUUCGUUGUGAUACGCAAGAUGCUCUAAGGAAUAUUAAUUACCGCACAAUUUUUGUUCUCGCACAUACGUUAUAAAAUGCACGUGGUGCACUUAACCAACUUUGAUGAUUUUAUUGUACAUAAUAACCAUUAUACUGAAUGUACCAUAAUAAUUGUGCUAAAUA